AUGUUAUGCCGUCUGUGCAUUAGUGAUUGUGAUGAAUCCUCUGUAGAGCUUUUGGAUUCCGGGGGGAAAAGUACUACAGUUUACAAUGUUGUUGCGAAGUAUUUUGAAAAAGAGAUCAAUAUGACCAAAGUUAAAUCAGAAUUUGAUACAGCGCAAUAUGCAGAGUCAAUAAACUUGAAAUCUCAAGUGAUAUGCGUCAAUUGCUGGCGACGCAUAGAUGAUUUCCAUAAAUGGCAGGAAGAGGUGGUGAUCCAGCAAGAAGAGCGCUUAAAACAGCUUCAACUACCGUAUCAAAGGGAUAUGGUUGAAUGUGUGAAAUUAGAAAUGGAAAUGGAUGUCAACAACGUAGAUAUAUUUGCAAAUUCUUUUGCCGACGAUAUAUGUGAUAAUGAUGAGUUCUUAAAUGAGGCUACAGAAGAUCCUGUAGCUGUGUGCGAAACACAACAUGAAGGUCCGCCAAACAACUUUCUCUUUGUGGAUCAAGUAAUGGAUGACAAUUGUAGUAAUGAUAGCGCCUAUGAUGACGUGCCAUUGUUACGUAGAAAAAAACUGGCAAUAAGUACAACUCCAGUCGCGGUCAUUAAUCAACAAACCGGUGCCGAUACACUCGCAGCGAAAAGAGAAUGUCGUCUUUGUUUACAAGGGGGCGAUAAAAUUUUAUUGCAACCCUGUGCACAAGAAAUUGAGCUGAUUGUGUGUCCAACAACUAAACAAAUUUUUGGGAAUACAAUUAGCAAAUAUUUUUUGUAUAAAAAGAUGUUAUGCCGUCUGUGCAUUAGUGAUUGUGAUGAAUCCUCUGUAGAGCUUUUGGAUUCCGACGGAAAAAGUACUACAGUUUACAAUGUUGUUGCGAAGUAUUUUGAGAAAGAGAUCAAUAAUAUGACCAAAGUUAAGUCAGAAUUUGAUACAGCGCAAUAUGCAGAGUCAAUAAACUUGAAAUCUCAAGUGAUAUGCGUCAAUUGCUGGCGACGCAUAGAUGAUUUCCAUAAAUGGCAGGAAGAGGUGGUGAUCCAGCAAGAAGAGCGCUUAAAACAGCUUCAACUACCGUAUCAAAGGGAUAUGGUUGAAUGUGUGAAAUUAGAAAUGGAAAUGGAUGUCAACAACGUAGAUAUAUUUGCAGAUUCUUUUGCCGACGAUAUAUGUGAUAAUGAUGAGUUCUUAAAUGAGGCUACAGAAGAUCCUGUAGCUGUGUGCGAAACACAACAUGAAGGUCCGCCAAACAACUUUCUCUUUGUGGAUCAAGUAAUGGAUGACAAUGGUGGUAAUGAUAGCGCCUAUGAUGACAUGCCAUUGAUAUAUAGAAAAAAACUGGCAAAAAGUAAAACUCCAGUCGCGGCCAUUAAAAAGACCAGAAAAAGAAGAAAGGCCAAUAGAGUGGAGAAGAAAACAUCAGAAGUCGAAUCGAAUGGGGAAUCUAAUGUAGAUGAGGAUAAAGAUGUUAUAAACACUCCUGACAAAGUUAAAGAAAAAAAUGGGAAAACAAAAAAUUUCGAUGCCUUUAUAGCCCAACAUUUCAAAGAGCAAUUGCCUUGUGAGCUGUGUGGGCAUCAGUCCGCUGAUUUCACUGAACUGCGCUUACACUUUCGCGAAGUACACAAACACGAAAAGGGUUACGUAAAAUGUUGUAAGCACAAGUACAGCCAACGUUUCCACUUCGUUGAACAUUUGCAACUGCAUUUGAAUCCACAAAAGUUUCAGUGUACUGAAUGUGGUAAAUGUAGUGCCAAUGGUAGGAGUUUGGUAGCGCAUAUGAAAUCAAUGCACGGGCCCAAGCCAUUAGAACGGCGCUUCGAAUGUGAAAUUUGUCAUAAAAAAUUCGCUAAGCAACCCAUUUUGAAAACGCAUAUGGAAACCCACGCUGAAGGCAAUCCCGAUCACGUCUGCAAAGAAUGCGGAAAGGGCUUUGUGUUAGAGAGUCGUCUCAACAUUCACAUUCGCAAUGUACACAGCACUGCCUAUCAAAGUGUUUGUGAUCAAUGUGGUAAAUCCUUCCGUGGCCGUUAUGCGCUAAGAUACCAUAUGCUAGAACAUGAGGGUGGAGGUAAACGACUUUGGCCCUGUGAUAUAUGCGAAGCUCAGUUACAUUCCAAAUUCAGUUUGGGGCGACAUAAACGUAUAGCUCAUCACGACGGGUCGACAGUAUAUGUUUGCGGUGAAUGUGGCAAAGUGGCGUUGACUGAGGAUGCCUUAAAGUCGCAUAAACGCUACGUACACCAGCGAGAGCGUAUUCACAAAUGCACGGUGUGCGAAAAAGCAUUCAAGGCAUCCAAAGUAUUGAAGGAACAUAUGACAACACAUACUGGCGAGGAUCUGUAUCAAUGUCCGCAUUGUCCGCGUACCUUUAAGGUGAAUGCGAAUUUGCACCAUCAUCGCAAACGAAAACAUCCUAAAGAAUGGGCGGAAAAUCGAAGACAGCGGCAAAUGUCUUUCAAACGUGUAGACCUUAGCACCAUAUCGAAUGAAGUGGUGUUGUAAGUACGAGUAUAUGUGUAUAAAGGAUGUGGUUGUAUUGACUCGAUAAAUAUGUUUUUGUAUAAAAUGAAAUGCUUAAAUCAUAGUUUUUUUUAGUAAUGGUAUUGGCGCAAAUAUAUCUAACCUCUUUUUAAUCACUUUAUUAAAGAUAGUAAAAUAAUGAAGUAAAAAUUUUGAAUAUAAAACGAUUUUUAAACUUGUCAAGAACAGCUACUAUAGAGUUUUAAGAAAUGUUUUUUUUUUAACAAAUGAGCUAGUAUUUUAGGUUAACUUCCAUUUAAGACAAUAUUGUUUAUAAUUUAUUAAAAUGAUUUUCAAUAUUUUUUUCUACAAUAAUA